AUGGAGCAACACAAGCUGGUAGGUCCAGCAGCCUUGGAGAGCUUGCAGUAUGCAUCUGACGAAUACUACUACGGAAUGCCAAGCCUUCAUGUCAACGACGACAACUACUUUGAGAUCCAAUCUACUCUCGCGCACGAAGUGGUUCCAGCCCAAGACAUGCGUGAAGCUCCGAAGGGGAGCUCGAGGUGGCUAUUCUACCAUAUGAUUCCUGGUAGACAGGAAGUGAAAUUCGACGGCUGCAGCUUCGGCUAUUCUGUCGGCUACACCGUGAACGAAAACCAAUCUUGGAGAACACACGAUGGUGGAAGAUGUGAACUGAAGCUGCACUCGAGAGCGAGAUGA